GCAGCCGCGCCCCGCCUUGCGCGCUCCAGCUGGCUCAGCGGCGGCUGCGGGCGGGCGGGCGUACUUAGAGCUGGCGCACCGGCAGCAGGUGGGCGGGGUGCGGACUGGGUGGCGGCGGGGGGCGCAAGGCUGCCAGGCUGCGCUCAGGCCGAGCGUGGUUGGCCGUGCGUGCGCACCAUGGACUUCAACAUGAAGAAGCUGGCGUCGGACGCGGGCAUCUUCUUCACCAGGGCGGUGCAGUUUACAGAGGAGAAGUUCGGCCAGGCUGAGAAGACAGAACUCGAUGCCCACUUUGAAAACCUUCUGACCCGGGCAGACAGCACCAAGAACUGGACAGAGAAGAUUCUGAGGCAAACAGAGGUGCUGCUGCAGCCCAACCCUAGUGCUCGAGUGGAGGAGUUCCUGUAUGAGAAGUUGGACAGGAAGGUCCCUUCGCGGGUCACCAACGGGGAGCUGCUGGCUCAGUACAUGGCAGAGGCAGCCAGUGAGCUGGGGCCUACCACUCCCUAUGGGAAGACACUGAUCAAGGUGGCAGAAGCGGAAAAACGCCUGGGAGGUGCCGAGCGGGACUUUAUACAUACAGCCUCUAUCAACUUCCUCACGCCCCUGCGCAACUUCCUGGAAGGAGACUGGAAGACAAUUUCGAAGGAGAGGCGGCUCCUCCAAAACCGGCGCCUAGACUUGGAUGCCUGCAAAGCACGGCUGAAGAAGGCCAAGGCGGCAGAAGCCAAAGCCACGACGGUGCCUGACUUUCAGGAGACUAGACCUCGUAAUUACAUUCUCUCGGCCAGCGCCUCCGCGCUUUGGAGCGAUGAAGUGGACAAGGCUGAGCAGGAGCUCCGAGUGGCCCAGACAGAGUUUGACCGGCAGGCAGAAGUGACACGCCUGCUGCUGGAGGGAAUCAGCAGCACGCAUGUGAACCACCUUCGCUGCCUCCAUGAGUUCAUCGAGUCUCAGACUACAUACUAUGCCCAAUGCUACCGCCACAUGCUGGACCUACAGAAACAGCUGGGCAGAUUCCCAGGCACCUUUGUGGGCACUACAGAGCCUGCCUCCCCACCCCUAAGCAGCACCUCGCCCACCACCACCGCAGCCACCAUGCCUGUGGUACCCUCAGUGGCUGGCCUGGCCCCUCCAGCGGAGGCUGCUCUCUGCCUGGAGGAGGUGGCCCCACCCGCCAGUGGCACCCGAAAGGCCCGUGUGCUCUACGACUAUGAGGCAGCUGACAGCAGUGAGCUGGCCUUGCUGGCUGAUGAGCUCAUAACCGUCUACAGCCUGCCCGGCAUGGACCCUGACUGGCUCAUUGGCGAGCGAGGCAACAAGAAGGGCAAGGUCCCUGUCACGUACUUGGAAUUGCUCAGCUAACUCAAGCCAAGUAUGGUGACUGCAGCCUUCACCUCUCUAAACUCACUUUUUAACUGAUAUUUUUACUUCUGCCUGUCUGCUUGCUCUCUAGCCAAU